AUGCCCCCCUCUUCGGCGCCCCCGAAACGCCGACGUGCUAGCCUCGCCAUGUGUGGCCGAUUUUUGCUCGUGUUGGCAGUCGCGGGGGCGCGCACGGCUGCCGCGGAGGAGGCGGACAUGGCGUAUCUGCCGCCGGACUUUGCGAAGCUCUACCUCGAGUCCCCGCUACUUGCCGGCAUGGAAGAGAUCCAGAUCGUGGCCAAGGAUUGGCAGGCCGAGCUUCCCACCGAUGCCACGACGAAAAAGAUUUACUGCGAGAAGAUUUCCUUUUCGUUGACGAAGGCAGCAGACGCGCCCCACGACAUCUUCAACGGCCUUCGCCUCUUUGCCACGACGAUGAGGAAGGCGGCCGACAGCGCCGACGUCGCCAAGAUGGACAAAGCCCUGAGCAUGAGGGGUAAGUUCUCAAAGGCCCUGGAGAGGAUCACGGAUCAGGUCCGGUCGCAAAUCAUCCAGCAGAAAGUGAUCGAGGAGCAGAGAAGGCAGGCGGCCGAGGCGGCCGCUGCCGAUGACACAACUGACGAUGACGUGGACUUUGAUUCUGACGACGACCUGGGUGACGACCACGAUGAAUUCUGA